AUGAUCAAGUACAUGUGGCAUGUGGCAGCGCUGCUGAUAAUCUUCUGCUGGCUGCCUGGCUCUACGGCGCGCACGGCCAGCUACCACCACAUCAAUGGCCUCAGCGUGGAGCAACAGCAGCAGCAGCAGCAGCAGCAACAACAGAAAGUGCAACCGGCGGCACAGUCGGCUAGCUCGACGGGCCUGUGGAAAGACCUGUCGCUGGUCUACCGCAUCUACCAACAGUGCACGGGCGAGAACCUGUCCGUGUGCCUCAAGGUCAAGCUGCUGACCGGGCUAGAGAAGGCCUUCCGCUCGGCCAAAACGUUGCCCCUGUUCGAGGGCAUUCAGUUUGUGAGCAGCACGGAUGAGGCGCAGAAGCGGUCACAGCUGCCGCCCAUCACGGAGCAGGAUAUUGAGGCCGUGCUGCCGCGCGGCCUAGAUGCCAAGGAGCAGAUCCUCAACAGCAUGAUCAUGAAGCGCGUGGCCACCUUCCUGCAGGAUCACACGUUGCAGAUCAAGUUUCCCGACUUGCGUGGCGUUGAUAGCAACUCAGUGGAGGGACGCAAGAAAAAGGAUAAGAAGGGCAACGGCGCUUACAUCAUGAUCCCACUGCUGCUGGGCGGCACCUUCGUGCCCAUCGCAUACGGCGCUCUAGCCAUGCUGGCGGGCAAGGCGUUGAUCGUGUCCAAACUGGCUCUGGUGCUGGCCUCCAUAAUUGGCAUUAAGAAACUGCUCAGCGGCGGCGGCGGCGGCAAGGAGUCCUCCCACGAGGUGGUCGUCUCCUCCGGCGGCCAUUCGGGCUGGGGCCGCGACUUUGACAUGGCCUACAGCGGCUGGAAGCCGGCCAAGGAGUCGUCGGGCAGCGCAAAGAGCCUGUAA